AUGAAGCUUUUUACCAUCUUUUUCUCAGCUUUCUUGGCUGAAAAUUGCAGAGAAAAUGUCCGACUUGGCUACGACGGCGAAUUUCCUCUAAUUCCUCUUGCUUCUACCCAGGGAUCGGGGAACACUUGGACCAGGCAGUUGCUCGAAGCUGCUACUGGGAUUUAUACGGGGAGUAUUUACAAUGAAACGAGAGUGAUAACGGAGGAUGGCUUUGUUGGAGAAGCGGCGAAAAUGCUCUCGGGGCGAACGAUUGGGAAUAAAAAUCAUGGAAAGAGCUUUUUGAGCUUUGCUUACGGGGCGAUUCUUAUUAUCAGAAAUCCAUACGAUGUCUUCAAAGCCGAAUUCAACCGAAAAAACUCUCGAGAAUACGACCGAAACGGCGGGCACACCGGUCUCGCAAAAGAACAUCUCUUCCUCUCUGAAAAGUGGGACAUCUUCGUCCAAGUCAUGAUUCGCCGAUGGUUGGGCAUCAACGAGGCUUACAUUCGAGAAGGGCAGAUUGAAAGUGAAAUUCCAAUCCAAAUUGUCUACUUUGAAGAUUUGAAGGAAAACGCUGCGAAAGAGAUGGAAAAAGUGCUUUAUUUUCUGGAGCAAAAUAUUGGCUUCAGACCGGAUGAUGCUGAAAAACGACUCGAUUGCAUCAGAAAUUCCGAAGCCGAAUUCGAAAAAUUCAAGCGACCAAAACAAGAACUCGACUUUGAAAUCUGGAACGCGACGAAAAUCGAAGCUGUCGAUGCAGCAAUCUACCAACUAUCACAGGCUAUCGAGGAAGCUGGUCUCCCACCAAUGCCAAACUAUUACAAGAGCGAGAAAUUUUUGAAUUUCAAUGCUGAAGAUUUCGAAGGAGUUGAAAUAAGGCAAGAUCGAGAUCGCGUGAGAAGACUUUACAACAAAUAUCGAAGCCUGUAA